CAUAUGUUUAGAGCCUAUGUCUUAUACUUGAUAGGCUCUCGAAUAAUGCCUAAUAAUAGUGGUAAUCUUGUACAUUUAUCGUUUUUGCAAUUGUUGGAUAAAUCACCUGAGGAGGUUGGACAGUAUAGUUGGGGUUCAGCUUGUUUGGCCACGCUAUAUAGAUCCUUGUGUGACGGUGCAAUAUAUGGCAAUACCGAAAUGCCUGGGUGCACAAUUCUCUUGCAAGCAUGGGCGUGGUCAAGAAUGUCAUGCUUAGCUCCCGUGCCAAGGAUACCACCGCAAGCUCAUGCACAACUUCCGUUGGCAAAUAUAUGGCUAGAACAUGGUAAUAAAUUCGUGGAAAAUCCUCGGCAUAAUCUUGUAUGUACGCGUUUAAAAAUCGACACCAUGACAUAUGAUCAGUUCUCCUGGAGGCCUUAUGUCAACUUCAAUUACAGCAACGAAGAAGAAAGCCAGAUAUGGUCUGCAAACACAUAUCUCAUCUGUUUUCAGAUUGUCGAGAGACAUCAGACAGACAGAGUAAGGCUUCAAUUUGGCUUACCGCAACACCCACCUUCCUUACCAGAAAAUUUGAAAGAUUUCCACAAAAUUAAUUUGUCAAAAGAUAGAAUUAAAGGCUCGUGGGGAGAUAAGCAUCAUCGUCAAGUCCAAAAUUGGAACCAACGUCAUCAAUUAGCACUUCACGGCGUUCGGUAUAACCAUGAGGUUUAUCCAAAUCGUCAAUAUUUUGCAUGGUAUUGGGAAUUUUUCGGAGAUCAUCUGUGGCUUUCUAGAGAAGUAUUAUUGUCAAACCCAAGGCAAGCAUGUGCAUCAAUUUUACCAGGAUUGCCGCGUGACUAUCCUGCAGUCCAACAAACUUAUACGGUGCCAGAUGAAAAUAUGUGGUCAAAUACACCUCCACCCUAUAACCAAUUCAUGACACCUCCACCCACUAACUUUGACCAAACCUUUAACCCAUCCACCAACUACAACUACAACCAAACUUACCAAUCACCGCCACAACCCACAAACCAAAUCUUACAUAACACCCCAAUCCCAUAUCCAACCUAUUCUCAACAAAGUCAUCAUGGAGAAAGCUCUCGAACAUCAAACUAUUCAUUUGAUGACUACAAUCCAACUCAAUACACCACACAAACCGGUUAUCCAGACCAAUCACAAUACUCCUCGUUCAACCUACCAACCCCUCCACACUUUGUCAACUAUCCCCAAACAAGCUAUGCACCUCAAUGGCCAAAUUCACAAACAAAUCCCAUAGAAAAUCUGGCAGCAGGGUUUAAUGACGAUGACUUCGUUAAUGAAAUCUGGACCAAUUCAGCUUCACAAAUGCAAAAUGAAGUCGCUAUGGAAACUAACGAUGAUGCUGAAAUUCUUGACGAGGAUGUGGAAGAGGAAGAGGAAGAGGAAGCGGAAGAGCAACACCAACGACCCGUACGGAACAAAAAAGAUAAAUUAUGUGCUACGGGAGGUCAUAGUUUACAUUGGCGUAAUUGAUUUCCGCGGAGAAAGUAGUUUUUUUAUUAAAUAUUUAUCAUUAUUAUUAUUAUUAUU